AUGAGCAUCAUCAUUGAAGAAAAGCUCAGAUCAUCAUCAAGUGUGAGCAGUGAGAUGAAACUGUUGAUGGAAAUGCAGGACCAUUGUGGGGUAAAAAGGGCAAUAAAUUCAGAGCUAUGGCAUGCAUGUGCUGGGCCAUUGAUAACUUUGCCACAGGUUGGGAGCCUUGUUUAUUACUUCCCACAAGGACACAGUGAACAGGUGGCGGCCACGACUAAUAGAACCGCAACAACGCAAGUUCCUAACUACCCGAACCUUCCUUCCCAGCUGUUGUGCCAAGUUCUAAAUGCUACCCUCCAUGCAGACAAAGAUACCGAUGAGAUCUAUGCCCAAAUGAGCCUUCAACCUUUGAACUCUGAAAAAGAUGUUUUCCCGAUAACGGAUUUUGGAACGAAGCCGAGCAGACAUCCAAGUGAGUUCUUCUGCAAGACUUUGACCCCAAGUGAUACUAGCACACAUGGUGGCUUCUCCGUGCCUCGUAGAGCAGCAGAAAGGCUCUUCCCUCCAUUGGAUUUUUCAACGCAACCUCCGACUCAAGAGCUUAUCGUCCGAGAUUUGCAUGAGAACACCUGGACAUUCCGGCAUAUAUAUCGUGGGCAGCCAAAGCGGCACCUUUUGACCACAGGUUGGAGUAUGCUUGUUGGUGCGAAAAGGCUUAAAGCAGGCGAUGCCGUUAUAUUUAUAAGGGAUGAAAAAUCACAGUUAUUGUUGGGAGUUAGGCGCGCAAACCGUCAGCAAACAGCUUCACCGUCAUCGAUUCUAUCUGCUGAUAGUAUGCACAUCGGAGUUCUUGCUGCUGCAGCUCAUGCCGCUGCUAACCAGAGUCCAUUUUCAAUAUUCUACAAUCCGAGGGCUUGUCCUUCGGAAUUUGUCAUCCCAUUGGCAAAAUAUCGAAAGUCAGUACACGGGAUCCAACUUUCAGUCGGUAUGAGGUUUGGAAUGAUGUUUGAAACCGAGGAUUCCGGAAAACACAGGUAUAUGGGCACAAUUACUGGUAUAAGUGAUGUGGAUCCGUUAAGGUGGCCGGAUUCUAAGUGGCAUAAUCUCCAGGUGGAGUGGGAAGACCCGGGGUGUGGUGGUAAGCGAAGCCGAGUGAGCCCAUGGGAUAUCGAGACCCCGGAAAGUCUAUUCAUUUUCCCGUCUCUCACUUCAAAUCUUAAACGACCCUUCGGGCAUGGCUACGUAGGAGACCAAACCGAAUGGGGCAAUAUGGUGACCCGACCCUUCAUGCGGGCCCCAGAAGCUAUAAAUAGCCUAUGGUCAGAACAGCUGAUCAAGAUGUCAAGAAAACCUCAAACUGUUAAUGGUAUGGGAUCCGUCUCGCCGGUUAUCCAAGAAGCCUGUGCUGCUAACCGAGCUCCGUUACAAGAGGCAAAGGCGUCGAUCCUUGCUUCAUCGGAGACGGUAAAAUCAGAAUCUUCACAGCUUACUUCUUCUGAUGACGACAAGCUUUCUGUAAAACCCGCCAUGAACCCUCCAAAUCUCAUAAACGAGCAGCCUAUCGUUAACCAGCUAUCACCACUUGAUUCGAGCCUGCUCAAUGAUCAGCAGUUUGUCUCUCCAGAGCUCGAUCCAUCUCUUAGCGGUUUAUUCCCUUAUUCUUCCAUCGGGGAGGAAACAUGGGAUCCGCGUGACGAUAUCUAUGGUUGUCUCAAUUUCGAGUGUAGUAAUGGGGGCAGCACGGUUGUUGAUCCAUCAGUCUCAAGCACAGGGUUGGACGGUUUUUGUGCUCCGAAAGCCGGUGCUUUCCAAAAUCCUUCAGAAUUUAUAGUUAACAACAAUUUGUGUUCGAGCCAAGAUGUUCAGUCGCAGUUCACAUCAUCUAGCCUCGUUGAUUCGCAAGCAUAUACUGUGCAAGAACUGCCCGAUAACUCGGGUGGGACCUCUUCUAGCAACGGAGAGUUCAACGGCACCGGACUCGUGCAGAAUAGCUCGUGGCACCAAGUAAUCCCCCCUCCGCGUGUGAGAACCUAUACGAAGAUUCAAAAGGCAGGAUCAGUUGGAAGAUCUAUCGAUGUUUCGAGUUUCAAGAACUAUGACGAACUGUGUUGUGCAAUCGAGAGGAUGUUCGGGCUCGAAGGCCUGCUUAACGAUUCAGUAGGUUCUGGUUGGAAGUUGGUGUAUGUAGAUUUUGAGAACGAUGUUCUUCUCGUUGGCGAUGAUCCAUGGGAGGAAUUUGUCGGGUGUGUUCGAUGUAUCAGGAUUCUAUCACCGUGUGAAGUUCGGCAGAUGGGUGAAGAAGGAAUGCAGCUUCUGAAUAACAGCACGGCGGCAUUGCAGGCAUUAAUGACGGUCCGACACCAGACACCGGAGACUGCAUGAUCCGACGGACUCGAAGACCAUUGUAAUAUUAAGACCGUUUGAAUUGAAUGGCGAUUUGUAUGUUUUAUCAAAGCUUUGUAAUACGAAUAUUGGUUUAUUGAU